AUGGCCGACGCCGCGGGCGCCGCCCAGCCGCCCCAGGGCGACGCGCCCGCACCCCCCGCCCAGGCGCCUGCGUCAGCGGCAGCCACAGAUCAACCCCCCGCUCAGGCCCAGGCCCCAGCCGAUCCCCCCGCCGCGCAGGACCCCCCAGCGGCCAGCGGCCCGCUGGCCAGCCCCGCGACCGUGAUGGACUCGUCGAAGCCGUCGGGGGCGCCGGAGGGCCAGGAUGCGGGCGGGGAUGGGCAGAAGGGCGCGGCCAAGGCGGCGGCCGCGAAGAGCGCCGGGCGCGCGCUGACGGUGCGCCAGUACCUGGAGUCCACGGUGGUGCCGACGCUGAUGGGCGGGAUGCAGGCGCUGGUGAAGGAGCGGCCCGAGGACCCCGUGGAGUUCCUGGCGGCGUACCUGCUGAAGAACAACCCCAAGAAGAAGUGCGAGGAGACCAAGCCCCCGGCGGCUUGA